AUGUCUACCACAGUUUUGUCUAUGAAAGACGAGGCAGAGUCCACAAAGAACACAGCAAUGAAAGCGCAAAUGGACGCCACAGACAUCGUCGAUCGAGAGAAGGCUCAUACUGCUGAGCAGAAUGGCCUCAAAAUCCAUCCACAACCGACAUCUGACCCGCUGGAUCCAUUGAAUUGGUCCCGACUACAGAAACAUACUAUACUGGGGAUUGUGAUGCUAAAAUACUUCCUCUUCACCUACAUCACCACUACAACCGUCCCAUCCUUUCCCGAAAUCCAGACUCAGUUCGACAUCUCCUACUCCCAAGUCAACUGGACCGUAGCCAUCCCCGCCUUAGGGCUAUCCAUUGGCCCGCUCUUUUGGUCCUCUCUCAGUGAUAUCUAUGGCCGGCGCAUCAUCUUCAUCCUGGGCACCGUCAUCGCCCUGGUGUCGACAGUCGGAGCUGCUGUAGCCGACACUUAUGGCGGAUACAUGACUGCCCGGUUCUUCCAGGGAUUCGGAGUGAGCCCAGGCUCGACCGUAGGAAUGGCCGUGGUCAACGAUCUCUUCUUCGACUAUGAGCGCGGCCAGAAGCUCGGCCUUUGGGUCCUAGCCAUCGACUCUGGACUCCUCCUCGGUCCUACCUUCGGCGGCUUCCUCAACCUCGUCAGCGCCGCAUGGAUCAAUUGGUUUAACGCCAUCCUCUUCGCCGCCCUCCUCGUCCUCGAGCUCGCCCUCAUGCCCGAAACCCUCUAUCCGCGCUCCCUCAUGCUGCAACUCAUGUCCCGAGACCCCUUGACAGCGCCAUCCUCCGACAUCGAAAGCCCGGCCGAGAAGCCCGUCCCGGCCACAACAACCCCACCAGGAAAGAUGAACGACUCAACUACUCAAAUGGUCGAAGUCUCCCGGACCAAGAACCUCCCGUUCAUCAACCUCCGCCCCGUCCCGGGCAUGCGCCACCCCAAGCCGUGGGAUGCGGUGGUCCGCUUCUUCUUGACCUUUCAAUUUCCCGUGGUCGUCAUCGCCGUCAUCGGGUACUCCUUCGUCUGGUACUGGUGGGUUCUGUCGGUGAUCACGAUGGUGCCGGCGGCGUAUGCGUCGUACACGCCGUUGAUCCAGGGUCUGCUUUUCCUCGGGCUCCUGAUUGGCACUGUCGUCUCCGAGGUGUGCUGCUCCGGCCGCUUGAGCGACUACAUCGUUGGGAAGCUGGCGCGGCGUAAUGGCAGCGUGCGCGUCGCCGAAAUGAGACUGUGGUUGGCGUAUCCUGCCAUCCUCCUGACGGCUGUCGGGUUGAUUCUAUGGGGUGUCAGCGUCGACAAAUCCUACCACUGGAUGGUGGGCCAAGUGGCUUUCUUCCUCUCCCCAGUCGCCGCUGGCAUCCAAAUCGGCAACACAGUCACAAGCAGCUAUAUCAUCGACAGCUACCCGCUCCAGUCAACUAGCGUAGUCAUAUUCUAUGCCGUCUUCCUGAAUCUGAGUGCCUUUAUCAAUCCCUUCUUCAUUGCAAACUGGCAGGCAGCAGUCGGAUGGACCUGGACUUUCACAGCGCAGGCGCUGAUUGUCGUCGUCGCCGGCACUGCCGUUUUUCUCAUUUUACAACGGUUUGGAGCGCUUUUACGCGCAAAAGCGCCGGUACCGUCAUGGGUUAAUCCCGAGUUUGAUUCCUAG